CCAUGAGUAAAACGGUGUAGUACACGAUCGCAAUCGUCCGUCGUCGCGUGUCUUUGUAUCAGUUUAAUAGAAUUAGAAUUACCUACUUCAAAAAAUUGAGUUUUUUCAAGCGAAUUUCUGUAUUUUUAUUUUAUAUUAAUUCGUUUAUAAUGACUGUAUAUGUUGUCCAGUAAAGUGGUAAACGAUCAGUACGAGGACAUGAGAUACGGCGAACAAAACAUGCUGGUUCCGCAGGAUAUGCUGUCUGCCCAGAUGAAGCUGUCAUAUCAGCUAGGGAAAUUUUGGGCAGAGAGAGUGAUGCCGCGAAAAAUGACCACCAUCAAGACCAUCCGAGAAGUGUGCAAAGUCGUACAGGACGUCCUUAGAGAAGUCGAAGCUCAAGAACCGAGAUUUAUAUCGUCUCUGGUGGAGUGCAACGGAAGAUACGAAGGCCUAGACGUUAUAUCACCGACGGAAUUUGAGAUUGUCUUAUACCUUAAUCAAAUGGGAGUUCUGAAUUUCGUGGAUGACGGAUCGUUGCCCGGAUGUGCGGUGCUCAAGCUAAGCGAUGGCCGCAAGAGAAGCAUGAGCUUAUGGGUGGAAUUUAUCACGGCAUCAGGUUAUCUGUCCGCCAGGAAGAUCCGGUCGAGAUUCCAGACCUUGGUGGCUCAGGCUUGCGACAAAUGCGUUUAUCGAGACUCGGUUAAAAUGAUUGCCGAUACUAGCGAAGUGAAACUUCGGAUUCGCGAACGGUACAUAGUCCAAAUUACGCCAUCGUUUAAAUGCGCGGGCAUAUGGCCACGAUCUUCGGCGCACUGGCCUCUGCCUCAAAUCCCGUGGCCACAUCCAAACUUAGUGGCCGAAGUAAAAACAGAGGGAUUCGAUUUAUUGUCCAAGGAAUGCGUAACGCUUCACGGUAAACAGUCAGCGCUGGAAGGCGACGCUUGGGUGAUGUCGUUCGUGGAAGUAGAGAACAGACUAACGUAUGGCGGUUGCCGUAGAAGAUGUUUGAGUAUUCUUAAAACUCUUAGAGACAGACACUUGGACUUGCCGGGAAAUCCGGUGACCAACUAUCACAUAAAGACCUUAGUGUUGUACGAGUGCGAAAAACACCCUAUGGACAUAGAGUGGGACGACAUGUGCCUGGGCGACAGAAUCAACGGCAUAUUGUUGCAACUAAUAUCAUGUCUGCAAUGUCGAAGGUGUCCACAUUACUUUCUACCGCACGUGGACCUUUUCAAAGGUAAAUCUCAUCAAAGUUUAGAAAACGCGGCAAAACAAACGUGGAGGCUCACUAGAGAACUUUUGACUAACUCUAGAGCUUUUGAUAAACUGUGACGACAACGCCAUCGUUACAGUAUUUUCUUGUUAAACAUUAUUAUUGAUUCUUAUGUUUAUUUGGUGUUCCUCGUGAAUUUCUUAUCUUUUUUAUUGUUACUCUGACUUUAAACCUUUUUAUGUGUAUCACAAAAUAUCUAAUUUAAAAAGUAAACGACACGGUACGUUACGCUUUUACUUGAAAUUUAACAUUUUUAUUAAUAAUUGGCUGUGCCGUGAACUUUUCGAGUCUAAUAAAUGUUAAAAUCAUAUUAUAUAUAAUUUAACUAUUUUUUACUUUAAGUUUAAAUAUGUUUUUAAAAUAAAUACCUUGCGAUUCAUAAGUUGUUUUCGCAUAAAUUGAGUGAUAACAAAUGUACUAUAUUUUAUUUAUACAAAUUUAUGAGCAAGUUAUACAACUGUUUUGUAAUGUUUCUUACUUCUACUUUGAUGAAUAUU